CCCGGAAACUACGUAUGUUUUUUUAUUAGCCACAACUGGGAGCGUACGUCACGUCAUGUGACUGCGGCGUAAACAGGAAGCAGCUGAUCUCAACUCUUGUCUGUACCUGAUAUCAUCAACUGAGUGGGAGGAAGAGGAGAGCUGCGCACAAGAAGUCACCUGAUCCGCAGCUCGUUGCAAACUUCCACCGUGUCUUCUGAAGGGGAUGUCCAGUUCAGCCAUGAAGAAAAAGGUGUUAUUGAUGGGGAAAAGCGGGUCAGGAAAGACCAGUAUGAGAUCAAUCAUCUUUGCCAACUACAUAGCUCGAGACACGCGUCGCCUUGGAGCAACAAUUGAUGUGGAACACUCGCACGUGCGAUUUCUUGGCAACCUCGUUCUAAACCUUUGGGAUUGUGGAGGACAAGACACUUUCAUGGAGAACUACUUCACCAGCCAGAGGGACAACAUCUUUCGGAAUGUAGAAGUGCUUAUUUACGUUUUCGACGUAGAGAGCCGUGAGUUGGAGAAAGACAUGCAUUACUACCAGUCGUGUCUGGAAGCCAUCCUACAGAACUCUCCUGACGCUAAAGUCUUCUGCCUCGUGCACAAAAUGGAUCUGGUGCAGGAGGACCAGAGAGACUUGAUCUUUAAGGAGCGCGAGGAGGACUUGAAGAGACUUUCCCGACCUUUAGCUUGCACAUGCUUCAGGACGUCCAUCUGGGAUGAAACUCUGUACAAGGCGUGGUCCAGCAUUGUGUACCAGCUUAUCCCCAACGUCCAGCAACUUGAGACCAAUUUAAGGAACUUUGCACAGAUUAUAGAGGCAGAUGAAGUCCUUCUCUUUGAGAGAGCCACUUUUCUGGUGAUCUCCCACUACCAGUGCAAAGAGCAGCGGGACGCCCACCGUUUUGAGAAGAUCAGUAAUAUCAUCAAACAGUUCAAACUCAGCUGUAGUAAACUGGCAGCCUCUUUCCAGAGCAUGGAAGUGAGGAACUCCAACUUUGCGGCCUUCAUUGACGUCUUCACUUCCAACACAUACGUCAUGGUCAUCAUGUCAGACCCAUCUAUUCCCUCUGCAGCUACCCUCAUCAAUAUCCGCAAUGCUAGGAAACACUUUGAGAAGUUGGAACGAGUGGACGGACCCAAGCACAGCCUGCACAUGCGAAUGCGCUAGUUGCCAUAUGUGUUUGUCCUGCCGGACCCUCUCACUCAACCAAUCAGCUCCCAGAUAUCUGCGCCGCUCCUUUUUCAAAAUGCAAGGAGACCCGCAUCCUUGCCUCACUAGAUCCUCGCGUUCAAUCAUACUUAAUAGGAGGAUUUUGUCUCCCGGGUCAUCAUAAGUAUAUCAAGCAGCGCCUUUUUUUUUGCUCUUGUCAAUUAUUUGUCCUCCUGCGUCCGAUUAAAGAAUGGAACAAUGUGUUUACUCUGAAGGGGGAUAUUAUGAACCUCACUGUUGUAUACUGAAGACCCCCAGUUCUCACUCAUGGGGAUCUUCUCACCCCAUUUCCCAGAAUGAAAUGCAACAGCUACUGCUCCAGUGUAUGUGUGCUGUUCUUUGAAAAUACAAGCAAUAUAGUUUUAUUCAGAAA